AUGGAGCUGCCGGAGAUCGACGAACUACCGAAGAAGUUUCUUCGGGAGGAGGCGGGACGCGCCUUCCGGCUCCAGGCAUCGGCAUCCAUGGACAUGUGGCUCUGCGUCAAGAGGGUCAUCGCUGCUGCCGAGCGUGCCAAGAAGACGUACGAGGACGGCAGGUCCAAGGUUGCCGAGGCUGGCAAAGCGCUCCAGGAGCACGCCCACAUGGUCAAGGAGAAAGCAUCUGCCGAACGGCAGGUGGAGGAGAUGAGGGGGCUCCUGGAGGCGGCGCUGGAGGCGACGAAGGAUGCCGAAGCUUCCAAGGACGCGGUGCAGGCGGCUUUGGAAGAGUCGGAGCGGGCGAAGACAGCGGCACAGGUGGCCUUGGAGGAAUCGGAACGGGCCAAGGCUGCGGAGAUCGAGGCUGCGGUUCAGUCAGCUAUCCAGGGGUACUGUUCGUCGUCCGAGUUCUCUAUCCUUCUGGAUAAGGAAGUGGGCUCGGAGAUGGCGGACCUGUUGUAUCGAUUCAAGCGGUACAACCCUGGGCAGAAGCUGAACCUGAACUUCAUCGCCGAUCCUCCUCCUCUACCGGAAGGGAUAACAGAGGAGAUGAUCCAAGAUUACGAGUGGGAGGAUGCCGCCGAGGGCUCCGGAUCUGCCGAGGCUGCCGCCGGUGAUGAAGCCUGA